AUGAAAUGUUCCUCCCCCCCCCCACUUUUCCAUUCUCUUUCAGCUUUGACAUUUGAGGAUAGUUUUCCUGAGAUCAUCUCUGUCAGUUCACUGGAAGGAACAUCUCCUGCCAGUCCACUUGGGCCAAACACAAUUGCAUCAGUAGAGAGCUACAGUUCUCAUCUUGAGAUUUCUACAAGUUCUGUGGAAGAAAUAAGCACCUCUAAGUUAAGCAAAGAAAAUAUUGCCCAUGAAGUGAAAUAUAAUGAGAGGCAUAUUGAAGAUAUCUGUAUAUGCUGUGGAGGGUUUGAGAUUCACACACAACAUCCUUUGUUCCAUGGAGGAAUGUGUGCUCCUUGUUCAGAAAGGUUUUUGGAAAGAUUCUUCCUGUGUGACGAUGAUGGAUACCAAGCUGACUGUACCAUCUGCUGCUGGGGCAAAUCUCUAAUAAUGUGUGAUCAUUCAGCAUGUCACAAAUGCUUUUGUGAAGAAUGUGUGGAUACCCUUGUUUAUCCUGGGUGUGCAGAAGAAAUAAAAGAAACAACUACCUGGAUAUGCUUCAUAUGUGCACCCCAGCAUGUAAAUGGAUUGCUAAAAAGGAGAAUAAAAUGGCGUGCAGAUCUGAAACAUUUCCAUGAUCAAGAAUCUAACAGCCCUAAUAUAUGGAUAUAUCAGCUAUUGUCUCCAUGGGAGAGAAAGUCAAUCCACGUUCUUUCACUUUUUGACAAUAUUACAGAAGAAUUGAAAAGCUUGGGGUUUCUAGGGGAAAGGAGAGGCAAUGGGUACCUAAAGUACAUGGAUGAUGUCACAGAUGUGAUAAGAACAAAUAUAGAAGAAUGGGGUCCAUUUGAUUUUAUUUUUGGCUCAACUCCUCCAGUAGCAAAAUUUUACAAACAUUCAUCUGCCUGGUAUUUUUACCAAUAUUUUCGUAUACUUCAGUAUGGAAGUCCUGAAGAAAAAAAUAAAAAGCCAUUUUUUUGGCUAUUUGUAGACAACAUUGUCUUGGAUGAAGAAGAGAGAGAUGCAGCUUCUCGCUUUUUUCAGAUGGAAGCAGUUCUCAGAUGUAAACAAGAUGAUGGCAAUGUCCAGAACGCAGUGCACAUCUGGAGCAACAUUCCAUCUGUUAAUAGCAAAUAUUCUGCUUCAGAACUGAACAUGGAUUUAUCUCUCUUGGCAGAGAACAUUUGCAGAUCUAGAAUUUUCUCUCAACCUCCAGCUACAUUGAUUAGGGAGUUUUUUGUUCCUUUGAAAGACUAUUUUAGGGCCUUUUCAUAA